AUGCCUAUUGCCCAGUCGUAUGGCUGUAUUCGCUAUAUUUAUUUCGACCCUAAUAUUUUGAGAAAGUACGCCCCUAAAGCGGGUAAAUUCCCCCCCUUAAAGGUUAGAUACGAUGAUGAUAAUAAUGAGAUUGAGGAGUUUAAUUUAUUGAACCUCUUUCCUAAGGAAUUUUAUAAAGAUGCCUUUAUACUUUUUAUUCCUAUGACUUCUAAAGGUAAAGGUGAUGCUAAGAUUAAGUUAUUUAAUACUUUGAAUACCGCCGGUAAGGUUGUAGGAAGUAAAGACCUAAACGACUCUAAUAGAGACUUUAAUAAGUCUACGGGUUUGAAGGAUUUUAAAAAUAGCGUUCUAUUUAACUUUUCUAAUUUAUUUAACCCUUAUAACCUUUGUUUUUAUUUUAGUACCCCUACUAUUAUAAUUGUUUCUAUUAUUUAUUUUACUGAUAGAAAGCGCUCUGUUAAAGAAGAAAGUGCCGGAAAAUUCUAUAACGACGAUAAAGAAGAUAAGAUUAAGUUUGAGGUUAAUAUUGAUUAUUUUAAUAAUAACCUAAGUAAGGUAGCCCAAGCUUUACUUCCUUAUUUAGAUAUUAAUUACCCUAAUUAUAUUUAUAAGAAAGUUUUUAUAGAAUUUAAUAAUUUAGAAAUAAAGUAUAUAUUUGAACGCCCUACCCCCGAGGAAAUAAGGGAAUUUACUUGUGAAGGCCGCUAUUUUAAUUACUAUAGGAAGGGAUAUAUAAGUAGUGAAUACCCCUAUAAAGAGAAAUUUGGUAAGGACUCCUUUAAUAUUAAGGAUUUAUUUAACGCUUUAAUUUCUAACGAAGAAUCCGCUCUUUUUAAUAAUAAAGAUACUACUUCGAAUUCUAUUAAGGGAAAUUAA